AUGGCGUUUGACGGUGCUUGGAAGGUAGAGCGGAGUGAGAACUAUGACAAGUUCAUGGAAAAAAUGGGUCUUAAUAUCGUGAAAAGGAAGCUUGCAGCUCACGAUAAUUUGAAACUGAUAAUUACACAAGAAGGAAAUAAAUUCACAGUCAAAGAAUCAAGCACUUUUCGAGAUGCUGAAAUUGUUUUUGAACUUGGUGUCACCUUUAAUUACAGCCUAGCAGACGGAACUGAGCUCAGUGGAACCUGGAACCUGGAGGGAAAUAAACUUGUUGGAAAAUUCAAACGGCUAGACAAUGGCAACGAACUGAAUGCUGUCCGAGAAAUGACAGGCGGUGAACUCGUCCAGGUGGUCCUGCUCUUCAUGGGAAUACCAGGAAGAAGAGCGUCCCAAGCAGAGGGAACACCAUGGAGCAAAGCCCCGAAGGCGGAAGCUGGCCCAAUAAACUAUUAA